AUGAUGUCGAGACCAGACGAAGUUAGAGCGCGAUGCAAGAACCAUGUCACCAUGAUGAAACAAUCAAGCUUCAGCUCUCGAGCCAGCAAUCGGCCAACUGAGAGAAGCGGAAACAACCUGUUUUCAGGCAUGCUGAUGCGGCGAUCGGACGGUUUUUUCUUUUCCUCCAGCAAGAGGGUCUGGUGCGUCCUCCAUGCAGACGGCACUCUUGAGUUCUACAAGGACAGCAGCGAAGCUCCUGCGGAGAUCGUAGAGGUCACAAGAAAAAUUCUCGACCUACUUUCCGUGCAGCACCAGUAUCUCCCUCAGCAUCUCCCUCGCUUCUUCCCGCUCCUGCUCUUGCUGCUCUCUGUGAUCGGGACGUUUCCCUGCAGCUUCGCAGACCACAGCAUGAACCCUCUGAUCAAGCUGUCGGAUGUUGAGAUCUGCAUCACUUACGUCAAACACAAGUCUCCUCUUGAGGAACUCCAUGGCGGAAUGAAGGUUGAGAAGAGGGAUGAUGGUGGAGAUGAUAGUGGAGAUGAUGGAGAUGAUGAAGAUGAUGGUGGAGGUGGUCAUGGUGAUGAUAAUGAUGAUGAUGACGAUGAUGAUGAUGAUGACGACGAUGUUAGUGUAGUUGUGGUCGUUGUGGUCGUUGUUGUUGUUGUUGAUUGA